CAUUCCACCAAAAAGAAGCCCUAAAAACCAACAUUCUCCCACCGUCUCCCACUUCACUUCUGAAGAACUCCCGCUCCGACGCAGUUUUCUUCCCUCCCCUGAUCUUCUUCGUCAUCAUCACUUCUGCAAGAUCCGCUCUGCUUUUAACUAAUCCAAGGAUCGAAGAUGUCUCUACGGGUUCUGAACCCUAAUGCCGAAGUGCUUAACAAAUCGGCUGCACUUCACAUGAACAUAAAUGCCGCUAAGGGUUUACAAGAUGUUCUCAAGAGUAACCUCGGCCCUAAAGGCACCAUUAAGAUGCUUGUUGGAGGAGCUGGAGAUAUCAAGUUAACCAAGGAUGGAAACACUUUGUUGAAAGAGAUGCAAAUUCAAAACCCAACAGCCAUCAUGAUUGCAAGGACAGCUGUUGCACAGGAUGAUAUUAGUGGCGAUGGGACAACAUCUACAGUCAUCUUCAUUGGCGAGCUAAUGAAACAGGCUGAACGUUGUAUUGAUGAAGGGAUGCAUCCACGUGUUGUGGUUGAUGGUUUUGAAAUUGCCAAAAAGGCAACACUGGAAUUUCUUGAAAAGUUUAAGACUCCUGUAGUGAUGGGUGAUGGACCUGAUAGAGAAAUGCUAAAAAUGGUAGCAAGAACAACAUUAAGAACCAAGUUGUAUGAAUCUUUGGCAGAUCAAUUAACUGACAUAGUUGUGAAUGCGGUGCUCUGCAUCCGUAAACCUGAAGAACCUAUUGAUCUUUUUAUGGUUGAGAUCAUGCACAUGCGCCACAAGUUUGAUGUAGACACUCGUUUGGUGGAAGGCCUUGUUCUUGAUCAUGGAUCCAGACAUCCUGAUAUGAAGAGGAGAGCUGAGAAUUGUCACAUCUUGACAUGUAAUGUCUCAUUGGAGUAUGAGAAAAGUGAAAUAAAUGCUGGAUUUUUCUACUCAAAUGCGGAACAGAGAGAAGCAAUGGUUGUUGCAGAGAGACGUUCUGUUGAUGAGAGAGUGAAAAAAAUCAUUGAUUUGAAAAACAAGGUGUGUGGUCCUGAUGACAACUUUGUUGUUAUCAACCAGAAAGGGAUCGACCCUCCAUCAUUGGAUCUUCUUGCCAGGGCAGGGAUAGUUGCACUUCGAAGAGCCAAAAGGAGAAACAUGGAACGUUUGGUUUUGGCAUGUGGUGGUGAAGCUGUUAAUUCUGUGGACGAUUUAGCCCCUGAUGUUCUUGGAUGGGCUGGACUUGUGUAUGAGCAUGUCCUUGGGGAAGAGAAGUAUACUUUUGUUGAGAAUGUAAAGCAUCCAAACUCCUGCACAAUCUUAAUCAAAGGACCAAAUGACCACACGAUUGCACAAAUCAAGGAUGCUGUUAGAGAUGGCCUACGAUCAGUCAAAAACACCAUUGAAGAUGAAGCAGUUGUUAGAGGUGCUGGUGCUUUUGAGGUUGCUGCCAGACAGCAUUUGAUUAAUGAAGUGAAGAAAACUGUUAAAGGGCGUGCGCAACUUGGUGUUCAAGCUUUUGCGGAUGCUCUUCUUAUUGUGCCAAAGACACUUGCUGAAAAUUCUGGACUUGAUACACAAGACGUCAUAAUUUCUUUGACUGGGGAGCAUGAUAAUGGGAAUGUUGUUGGACUAAAUCAACACACAGGCGAUCCAAUUGACCCUCAGAUGGAGGGCAUUUUCGACAAUUACGCUGUCAAACGCCAAAUCAUCAACUCAGCACCGGUGAUUGCAUCACAGCUGUUACUUGUGGAUGAAGUUAUCCGUGCAGGGCGUAACAUGAGAAAGCCAACUUAAAAGGUGUUUGUUUGUUUAGACUGUGGAGAGGCGUUCUCAAAAAGAUUUUGAUUUUGACUUUGUUUCCAGAUUUUGACCAAUGUAAGAUGUGUUACAUAUUUUAGCUGUUGACUCUAGUAGACAACAGCUAAUCGUAUUAUUUUGGGGUGUUAUGUUUUAUGUUUACGCAAAUGGAGAACUUAGGUCUGUUUCUUCA